AUGGCGAGGAUACCAGCUAUGAAAGAAUCUUUGGAUAAAGUAUUACACGAUGAUAGUAGAAUAUGGACUAAAUACCUCGCGAAAAUCGAGAAAAGUACAAAAGUAGAUCGACUUUACGUUUUUUUAGGUAUUGUUGGAUUAUCAGCUUUAUAUUUAAUAUUUGGAGUUGGUCAACAGUUAGUAUGUAAUAUUUUUGGAUUUGUAUAUCCGGCCUACUGUUCAAUGAAGGCUUUAGAAAGUCCAAAGAAGGAAGAUGAUACAAAGUGGCUGACGUAUUGGGUUGUCUUUGCAGUUUUCACAAUUGUGGAAUUUUUUUCGAAUUUUAUUUUAAGCUGGUUUCCAGUUUAUUGGCUCUUUAAGUGUGCCUUUUACAUGUGGUUAAUGGCACCUAUUGAAAAGAAUGGUUCCAAAUUUUUAUACCUCUGUGCUAUUAGACCAGCUUUUCAACGAUAUCAUGGAAAAGUUGAUAAAUUUAUAUCAUCUGCUCAAGAUGCAGCUGUAAAAGUUGCAACAAAUUCUUUGCUGUCGGAGAAGAAUGAUUAAUUUUCACAAUUUUGAAUCCCUGAGGGCUUAAUUUUUAUCACUUAAACAUUUGUACUGUUUUUCCUUCUCACCCAUUCCUAAUAAAAAAAGAAAAUAUAUUUGACACCUUUAUUUUUCUAUAUGCAAUGUACAUGAUGUCCGGUUUUUGGUAACGGUUUUAUUCCGCCGCGAGCGGCUUAUUUCGAUAGAAUAUGGGAGACUCUGAAGCAUCAUGCAACUAGAUUAUUACAAAAUAUGCUUUUACACAUACAGUCGCCUCAAAACGUAAGUUAACGAUUAAGUGUA